AUGGAAAUUUGUUUGCCUUUACCCUCAAGCUUUGUAAUCCAGACAACUCAUCUCAGAUCAACACGGCACCAUUUGAUUCCUCGGUGUGGGAAAAUAGAAACACAUUGUCCUCCUACUGUCCAGCCGAAACCUACCAUCGCAGCUGUUAGACCUCCUCUGUCUUGGUGGUCCCUGUUCGUGGGCAUUUGCAAUGCAGUGGAUGACUUUAUCGAUAAAGCACUCGACACGCCGCUCACGCCAGCCUUCGACCCCAAGCGCGUUUUGGCAGGAAACUUCGCUCCGGUGGACGAAAUUCCCCCCACUGAAUGCCAGGAACUGGAAGGACUAAUCCCACCGUGCUUGGUGGGCGGUGUUUAUAUCCGCAACGGGCCCAAUCCCAACUUCUUUCCGCCAGCCGGUUACCACCUCUUCGAUGGCGACGGGAUGAUCCAUGCCCUCGCCUUCCACGAAGAAGGAACAAAAAUUAUACUCUCCAGUCGUUACGUGCGCACUCACAAAUACUUGGAAGAAGAGGCGGCUGGCAGACCAAUCUACCCUAAUAUUAUUUCGGGCUUCCGUGGCUACGCUGGCAUGGGCAGGGUUGCCGUGGCUGCCCUUCGAGUCGGCAUGGGCUUGAUCGAUCCGGCCAAAGGUGUUGGAGUGGCGAAUACAAGCCUGGUGUUCUUCAACAAGAAGCUGUUGGCGCUUGGGGAAUCAGGGCUGCCGUACGUGCUGCAUAUCACGCCCGAUGGAAAUAUCCAGACAAGGGGGGCGUUCGACUUUGGGGGGAAAUUGAUUGCGCGCAUGACGGCGCACCCGAAGAUCGAUACCCACACAGGCGAGCUCUUUGCCUUCCACUAUUCCAUUCUUGCUCCUUUUCUUCAUUUCUUCAGGGUGACCGCUGAUGGCGUAAAGGAAUCCGAUGUAGCGAUCCGGUCCAUGCGCAAAGCUACCAUCGUUCAUGACUUCGCCAUCACCGAUAACUACGCCGUAUUCCCCGAUGGUCAGAUCGUGCUAGACCCUGCGCGCAUUUUCAAAGGAAGGAAUGGAAGUGCUGUCUAUUUUGAUCGCUCCAAAGUGAGCAGGAUCGGAGUGAUUCCCCGCUAUGCCACAGAUGGGUCUGCAAUGAGAUGGUUUGACGUUCCGGGUCUUAACUUUUUCCAUGCUUUGAAUGCAUGGGACGACCAGGACGAGAACGAGAUCGUGCUCAUCGCCGUCCAUUGCUCUCCUGCGGAAAAUUUUAUUGAGAAAAUAGCUGCGGUGCAAUUCACAGUGGAGAAUAUUCGCAUCAAUCUCAACUCAGGCAUAGUAGUGCAAGUAUUCCUCAAAUGGGCAGGAGUUGUGAAGCUCGAUUUUGAAGCAACAGAUGGUGUGGUUGCGUCCAAAACUUUUGGGGAAGGGUGUUUCUGCGGCGAGCCAUUCUUCGUGCCGCGUACUAGCGACUCUCAAUCGGCAGAGGACGAUGGGUAUGUUGUGGUGUUUACGCACAACGAGAAGACACAGGUUUCGAAAUUUGUUGUGAUGGAUGCGCAGUCUCCCGCAUUGGAAAUCGUGGCGUCGGUGAAGCUCCCGCAAAGGGUUCCCUUUGGCUUCCAUGGCCUCUUCGUCUCUGCCGCUGAUUUGGCUGCCACUCAACGAGUGUGA